CAUAAUUUCAGGUUUCCUAUGUAUUAUAUACCAGUUGUGUCAUUUCUAUACUAUUACAUUUGAUAGUAUAGAAUAACUUUCAACUGCUUACGUAACAACUAGAUUAUAUGUGGGUCUGCUAUACUAAAUUCCACAAUUGUGAUCCCCUUACGGUUCGAAGUAGUUUCUUGUGUUUCUUCUAUCGGCAAAUAAUACAUUCGACCACCCUAUAUGACACAAUAACGGCGUCAGUUACGUACCCUAGUGAAUUAAGUACGUAGGAUGUUUUGUUUACGUUAGUAGAUACUAUAAUACAUACAUUUAUAGUAUAUUAUUGGCUAACCUUUUGUCCUGUCUUAGGUUAUUUUAUAUCCCAAAUUGUGCAACAUCAUAUCUAACUCGCUCAUUUUUUCUUGUUUUUUUCUUGUUUUUCUUCUUCAUUCACCUCAAUCAUAUUAUUGUCACCAUCACUAUUAAUGAUUGUUUUGUCGACGCCGCCAUCUUCUCUUCGACCAUUGUCACCACUUAUCUUCUCUUCCACUUCCAGUGUAGGUUCUUUUCCUCCUUCGACCACAUAUUCUUCUCUUUUACUUUACGUAGCAACAACAACAUCUCUUCAUCCACCGCUCUUAUUUAUACCUUCACUUUUACUGUUAUCAGUUACAAAAUGAUCUAAGACGAUAAACUAAAUUGUUUUCUUUUUUUGGUUUCAUACUAUUAUGAUUGGUAGCAUAAAAAAUUUGGUAGAUGCUCUGAUGUGUUUUUGCUUCGACUAACCUGUACAUUGUAUAGUCUAGAAUAUUAUUGCUGGUGUGGUGUUUUUUAAGGUUUUUAACAUGUUUCUCUUUUCACCAUGUGUAUUUGUAUUAGUGCUUCGACUAUAUUAUAUGGUUUAUAGUAUAGUAUAUUUCAGCCAUGUUUGUCACAUAAUGUAACGCGCAUAUACUGACGCGCACGAGAGUGGAAGGAGAAAAAUAUCAAGGUUUUGCUCUAAUUGUCACAUCAACUAUUCAAUGGUUAUAUUUUUAAUUUUUUGAGCUCUUAUGAAUAUUGGGCAAAAUCACUCAAUAAUAUAAUCAUUUUAUGUAUAUGACUUGUUUUUCCAAUACGUGAUCUAAAUCUUAUAAUUUGAGAAAAUAUUAAAAUGUUUUGUUUGUAUUGUUGUAUAGUUUGUAUGUAUUUCUAUAAGAUUUUUUUUUGUUUUCUACAAAAUUUCAUUUUUCAUAAUGUGUAAAAGAGUUAUUCUUGGAUUCACCAACCAAUAGCAUUCUGCUAUUUAUAUUUAGUAUCUUUUUUUUGUCAUAUUUAGUAUCUUUUUAAAAAGAAAAUUAUAUAUUGUCAAGAUAUAUUAUGUUUUUAAAAUAUAAAAAUAAAUAAAAAAUAGUAAUAGUUGUAAAAAAAAUACUUUUAGUGUCAUCACCAAAAUACUAAACCUUGAAUACUAAAUUUCAAAUCCUUGGGUAAACCCUAAAUCUUUAGAUAAAUCUUAAAUUCUAAAUCAAAAAUAUUAAACAGUAAAUCAUAAAAACACUAAACCAUUAAUCAUAACCCCUAAAUCCUUGGAUAAAAAUAAAUAAAAAAUAAUAGUAGUUGCUAAAGAAAAAAUGAAUGUUUUAAAUAUCUUUAACGUUUUGACUUUUGAGCAAAACACUAAACCCUAAAUAAUAAACUGUCUGUUUUUGACUUUCUCAACUUCUGCCAAUACAUACUGCAAAGCUAAAUAAUUAAUACAAAUUCUCAGUUCUAAAGGAGAAACCCUUCCCGAGAAAAGACAAAGCUAACCUCUAGGGCAUGAGAAGAAACUGGACUGAGUAAAAUCCGCAACAUGUUUAAUUGCAGAUUUUCAGAGAAAUCCUUUUUGGCCAGCUUGUUUUGCAGUAGAUUCCCAUGCUAAACAGCCCCAGAGGAAUAUGUGAUGAGAAUCAACACCGACCCAGUAAUUAAAUAAUUAACGUGUAUUCAUUGUAUUGAAUCUUAUGAUUUUUCUUCCCAAAAUCAAUUGUUUCACAUCAACUUUUACAUUAAAACUAAGAUCGGCCCGCCCUACGGGCGGGAUAUAUUUUAAUUGUAAUCUAGAUUAUUAUUUUUUGUAUAAUUUUGUGGUUUAUGUUUUAAGAUUUCACUAGAUUUUGACCCGCGCUCUAGAUUUUGACCCGCGCUUUCGAAGCACGGGUUUUAUGGGUUAAAUACGAAAUUGGAUACGAGAUAGUAUUUUGAGUAUAUUGUAUAUUAUUAUGUUAUAAAGUCAUAUUAUAUCAAAUACAUAAAUUUGUUUAAAAUUAUACUCCCUCCGUUCGUCUAUAUAUGACGUUUUAACUUCUUUUUUUGUGUCAAAUUACUUGACGCUUUCCUAAAAUCUAUGCAUAAUAUAAUGACAAAAACUUUAUUUACCCUUAUAUAUUCUGGUAAGUUUGACCGAAUAAUGUUGAUAAGAGCACAAACACAAUAACGACAAAGGACAAAAUAGACUUUAACAUUUGUUGCUUUAAUUUGUGUGAGAAUUCCAUAACGUCAUGUAUAAACAAACGGAGAGAGUAUAACUUAUGAAUAAGUUUAUUCAAGAUUUUUUAUAUACACUCUUUUGUAACUCUUUAUUAAGUAUGAAAAUUUUACCCAAAUUUGAUAAACGAACCAAACCAAUACAAAAUACAGGUUGAGGUUCGGGAUUGGGAAGGUGAAGCUCAACAGGUGGAUGAAGCCGGAUGAGCUUUAUUCGGUGUGAGGCUGAGAAGGUCGGUUCCUCAGGAGGCUGCAAGAGACGUAGAAGGUGAGCAUGUUUUUUGCUCGAGCUUCAAGAAGUUUUGAAGCGACUCCGAGGAUUCUCGGAGUGGCCAAGCACUAAAGUAUUUGGCACUGCCUGGCAAGUACAUGAGAUGGCAACAUGAUAGCUGCAUAUAGAGCUGAUUAAUCAUGAAGGUGGAGAUUGUUACGUUGGUGAUGAAGAAUCAGCUAUAUUGGAAGCUUAAACCAAGUCGAGGUUGAUAAUUGAGUUAUAUGGCGUUUGGAUUAACGACCUGUUAAUUAUAACUCAAUGGCUUACAGUUAUUACAACCGGUUAUCAGUUGUAACAAUCUUUGCCUAAUAUCAAAGCAAGGCUCGUGUGUUGUACACUAAGGAGGUUAAUGUUUUGCCUUGCCAGGCCCCAGGGACGUAGCCACAUCGGUGAACUCUGGGUCAUCAAAUAAACUAUGUAUUUAGGUUUGGUCAAGACGACCAGACUUGUUCAAGUUCGGCUAACUUACACAAGUCACACACAUAUGAACUGUGAGACUAGUUGACAAAGCCCAUUAGGUCAAGUGCUGAUAUAUCAAGAAGGAGAGGUUACGACAGAUGACCUAACACAAGACAAACACAAGGAAAACACAGAGGAGAGGCGCAGAAGAGUGGGAGCUUGAGAGAGCUCGAGACCAGAGUUUGGGUCAGACGAGAGAGAGAGCUAGAGAGAACUAGGUUCUCGGUAGGUUAGCUAGGCUCUUUCAUAUAUACUUGUAUUUCUAGGUGAUUUGUAACAGAGAUCAAGAGAGGUUGACAGGAACUGUAACCUCUGGAUAUUGUACUCUCGUGUUUGAUAUAAUGGAAGGUUGAGAUACCUAUUUCUCUCUCCGGUGAGUAUAGCUCCUUCUUUACAUCAAGGAAAGGAGGUGAACACUGGGUUAACAAAAGUGUCUUGUGUUCCUUCUUUUCUUGCUUGAUUCAUGUUCUGCGGACUUGAUUAGUGACUAGGUUUGCGAUAAGAACUACUGUAAGCUUCUAGGGAAACAAACAAAUCCUGAACAAGUGUAAUAAGAACUUUUGGAUUCUCCAACAAGUUUCUUGGGAUUUCCUCUACACCUUCAACUUUCUAGUUGAAGAUGGCUUCGGUAAGGAUUUAUCUUUUCAGGAUCUCUUAGGACAUGUGGUAGAUUAGAUUUGCCUUAUUAGGCAAUUCAACAGUGUUUUGAACUAAAGCUUGAGCGGACUCUGUUUUCCUUGAAGAUUCAGCUGGUGACGAUGACAAUACACACACUGUGUUUUGCUAUUAACUUAAAGAGUAUUAGAUCAUUGAAGAUGGACCAGAGGUGAAUGAGGUUCCAUUAUAUAUAAAGUUUCCCAUCUUUGGAAUGUUUGAGGUAGGAUUUGACUGAAUACUUCUAUCCCCGAUUUGGAAUAUAUUUUAAAAUUUCCUACUUUCUAGCACUAUAGUCUAUAGCAUAUGAUUCAAGUAGAGACUUACUUGUUGUAACUAACUCCGGUCGUGUAGAGAGUGCAAGAUCAUUGUAGAUGUUUGUGUCACUCUUUUGAAAGGAAGUAAUUAGGAGUAUGGAGAGGAAACCCUCCUUGAAAAUGAUGUAUUUCUUUUGUUUUACGUUUUCAGCAUAUUGUGUUGUGGCAAAAGAUGCUCUUAGCAAGCAAACAUGGAUCGCAUUUCUGGAGCGUGUGAAAGCUGAUUUCAAGAAAAGGUAUGGAGGUGGGAAAGCAAGUGCAGCUAUCGCCAAAAGUCUCAACAAGGAGUUCAUGUACUUACCUACUACUUCCUUACAACUUUUGGGGACUCUAACGAAUGAGAGACUUUUCUUUGAAAAUUGCAGGCCGGUGAUGAAAGAACACAUGAAGUAUAUUGUUGACCAUGCAGAGGAGAUUGAAAAACUAAUAAAAGUCAAGGCUCAAGUUUCAGAAGUCAAAAGCAUAAUGUUGGAGAAUAUUGACAAGGCAAUUGACAGAGGGGAAAAUCUAACGGUUCUUAGUGACAAGACCGAGAAUCUACGCUCUCAGGCGCAGGAGUACAAGAAACAAGGGACACAAGUGAGGAGGAAACUGUGGUACCAGAACAUGAAGAUAAAACUGGUGGUUCUUGGGAUCUUGCUACUACAUGUUCUCAUAAUCUGGCUUUCGAUUUGUCACGGCUUCGACUGCACAGAUUAAAGACACAACAAAUCAGUCGGAGUGUAACGUUAGAGAGCCUUUGGCUGAAUGGGCAACAGAGAACAAAAGUCUUCUGUAGAGGGAUAAGAAAAAACAGAAGGAUAAAAAGACAAAACUGCGCCCACCGUGGGGCUCGAACCCACGACCACAAGGUUAAGAGCCUUGCGCUCUACCAACUGAGCUAGACGGGCUUGGUGACAGUGAUGUGUUAAAAUCCAAUAUAUAAAGCAAAACAGUUUCAUACUGCAGAAUUUCGACUACACUUCAGCCAAAGAAUAACGAAAAGCUAUGGUUCUAAAAUACAGUACGAUUUUUGUUAUUGAAUUUUGUAUUCAGAAGAUUAAGUGAAAACAUAACGAUUUCUAACAGCUUCCUUAGGCAGUAUUUGAGUUUAGCAGAUGUGGUAAUUUUCAGUGACUACAAUAUGCUUAUUGAAAAGUCAAAAACAUCUAGCAACAGUGUCCAUGGAACUGUUAUGCAAUCUUCUGGUUCAUCAUCGUGGUAUAAAAAGCAAGUUAAUUGAAAAAAGUUUGAUGCUUCUGAACAUUUUGAAUAAUGUGUUGGCUAUAAAAUCUAAAGCAAAAGAAGCACUUGCCAGCUUACAUGAUACUCACCAAACAGACAUAACAUCUGAAACAGAUAAAUAAAAAUCGAGACUUUCCAUAGAUCCAACACCAGGUUACAUAUCAUAAACCUCAAACAAAACU